AUGUCCGGCGGAUCCGGUGAAGAAAGAAGAACGAUUUUCCCCAUUCCGACUCGUCCCUCAUCACUUCCAUCAACGUCGUUUCAACCGAAUCUUUUGAGACAGUUCUCGGAAGCGUUUCGGAGUGUCUCGGUCGAAUCGCCGCUGAUCAGCGCACCGGCAAUCAUGCAAAGAAGGGCGCCAACGAACUUUACGGCGAUCAAUAUGGAAGAAAUAAAUGCAAACAAUGAAGCGACGGUUCUGAAUGUGACGACACCGAUACAAACUGAGAGCGAAGAAUCGAGCGGGGCGCAACCAACGAUCGUCACAGAAGGGAACAAUGAUACGUCACAGGAUUCAGUCGAUGAAGAGGUUCAAAAUUUGCGCACGCAAUACGCCAGAUUGAGGGAUCACUUUCAAAACAAUCGAGAGGCACAAUCGGCUUUGAAGAUAUCGUUGUCGUUUCUGCCGUUUUUCCUCAUCUUCCUCAUCAAAAUGGUCUACGAGAAUUUCGACACGAUAAAUUAUUUACUACUUGGAAUUACUUUCUUCAUCGCUUUGGAUCAACGUCUACAAGCAGUUCUCUCAAAGACGAACACGCGAGUGGCUGUUUUCUUCUUCGCUUUGACGUUGACGCUCAACAUCCUCCUACUCAUUCACUAUCCGGAUUCCGGGGCUAUCUUAAACGGCGUAACGUUUCAAUUGCACAAACUUGCAUAUACGGGUGUCGGACGCACGCUUACGCUCAUCAUUCUCACCGAUAUCUUCUGCAAAACGAUUGUGGUUGGGAUUAAAGGAGUGUUGGCGUUAAUUCCGGAGACGUGGGUUGGACUGAAGAGGAAACGACGCUUUUUCCAAUCGAUCGAGUACUCUUCACAACUACACCGAGCCAUUUUGCCGACUCCGAGAUGGUCGAUCUACUUUAUUGGUCCAGCGGGUUAUGCGGGAAUGCACUACUUGGACCUCUUCUUGCUCAUUUUUUAUUGGAUAGCUAAGGUUCGAGAAAUCAGGAGCUAUGUGCCCGACUGGUACACAUCGGUGAAGACGGUGAUGAGGAAUUCGAUGUACGGAGUGAAGCCAAGCCAAGAAGAGAUCCGCGCCGUCGAGUCACAAUGCUCAAUAUGUUACUCGGAUUUGAAGACACCAUUGAAGUUAGUAUGUGCUCACAUCUUCUGCGAGGAAUGCGUCGAUACAUGGCUAGAAGAGAAGCAUACUUGCCCCCUAUGUCGCGCCACAAUCGACAAAGAGGACAAAUCAUGGAAAUCGGGAGCCACGAGUAAAUUCGUUCGAAUCUAU